AUGUCUUCUCGUUAUCUGCCACUCGUUGGCGCUCUCUUCGCGACCUUCGCUAUAGCGCAGAACACUGUUUCUCUUGCGAUUACAGCUCAACCAACCUCGGGCGCGUCCGGAAUCAUCAGUCCCUCGUUCGCCGGCUUCGGUAUCGAAUCCUCCAACCUGUUCUCCUUCACCGGGGGUAGCCAGGAAAACCAGCUUACGAAAAACCUCCUCGCGAAUUUGGCGAACUACACCGGGACGCCGCCUCAUCUGCGUAUUGGAGGAAACACUCAAGACUACUUUAUCUACCAAGAUUCGCAAAAUGACUAUCGCUGGGAGCCAAACCCCAAUGCAGUCGGACAAGGAGCCUUUGCCACUGAUUCGAUGAUCAUCGGCCCGCGGUAUUUCGAGGUGAUCAAUCGCUUUCCGAGCAAUACUCCCAUCACGUUCGGACUGAACCUGGCAUACUCCGAGUCGGACUAUAUCGAACAGAUAACCACCAUGGCGACCCAGGCCGUGAACCGGUUGUCCGACGUCAAUCUGGUCUCGUUUGAGAUUGGCAACGAGCCCGAUCUGUACCUCCAAAACGGGUUCCGAACAGGAUCAUGGGGUGGUGAGGUCUACACACAAGAAUGGUUGGACAGGGCCGAUGCCGUUUAUCAACAAGUCCUCAAGCCCAACAACUUGCCGAGCAACUUCUUUGAGCCUGGCGCGACUGCUUCUACUAUUGGCACGUCUUUCCAAAUCCAAGACCUGGAACAGUUCGGCAUUACUGUCAAAGCCAAUGGAUCCACACAACCUUACAUCUCGAGCUGGAAUCAGCACGACUACUAUUACUACAUUGGAGUGUCGACUUAUCCUAUAACAGCAUAUUCCUUCAUGACCUUAUCCACGACCAAUGAUCAAUUCGCUGCUUGGGUUUCACAGAUCCAACAAGCAGAAGCGACUGGAUAUCCAUAUGCUCUACGGGAGAUGGGCGUUGUUGGUCCAAUCGGACUGGCUGAUGUUACCGACAUUUUCGGUGCGGCCCUAUGGUCUCUCAAUUUCUUCCUUUAUGCGGCUACCCUCAAUAUUACUUCAGUCCAGAUGCAUAUGACCGAUAAUAGCAACGCUAGUGCAUGGCAGCCGAUCGAGUACUAUGGGAACCAGCCAUAUGUGCGACCAAAUUAUUAUGCCUUUGCCGCAUUCGACCAAUUGAUCGGACCCACUUGCCAGGCCCAAGUCGGUGGCUAUAUCGUCCCGAACCCUCCUGCUGCAUACGCAGGACGGAUUGCUGCAUACUCGGUCUACCAAGCUGAAACCCUCGCCUCCAUUGUUCUGAUCAAUUCCAAUCCUGCCAAUGUGUCGAUGGCCAACAAGCCCAGCUUGACCUGGGAUUUGUCGCUACCGACGCAAUUCGCAGGACAAGACCUGUACUUGCACUAUUUGACCAAUGACGGCGCCGAUGCAAAGCGCGGAACCACGUGGAAUGGUGUCAGCUACGAGGAAAGCGGAGACGGCACGCCCACCCUCGUCAACGACACUGUCUCCUCAGUCAGGAUUGGCAACGACGGCGGCGUCAGUGUUAUUGUCCGAGACUCGCAGGCUGUGAUUGCCAACAUUGGAACACCCAUUGGUCAGCUUCAAGCCAACCCCAGUGCCUGCUCAGCUCUUGCGGCCAGCACCCCUGAUGCGCGGCCAGUCACGGCACCUGUGGGCACAAGUCAACCGACUCCCACCAGUACGUCGGGUGCCUCGUCGUCCGGGUCCGGCGACAGCUCAACUCAGUCAAACGCAGCGACAAGCACACGGAGCAGUGCAACAGCAAGCGCCACUAGUGGAGGUGUCUUCCGCCUCUCCACUAUGAUUUUGACGACUUUUGGCGCGGCAAUAUCGACAGCCCUGGUCUUGCUUUGCAUAUAG